GCAGCCCCGAGGCCCGGAGCAGCGACUCCGAGUCGGCUUCCGCCUCGUCCAGCGGCUCCGAGCGCGACGCGGGUCCCGAGCUGGACAAGACGCCGCGGCGCCUCAGCAAGCGGCGCUUCCCGGGGCUGCGGCUCUUCGGGCACAGCCCCGGCCUGCCCCUGGCAUGGAGACCUUCUUUCGGAAACACUUCCAGCAGAAGGCACCAAAUCCUGGUGAGGGGCAGCGGCUGCCUAGCAGUGUGGGGCUGCCCACCAGCAAGGCCCGGCGCCGCUCACCUGCCGGGCAAGCCUCCUCCUCACUGGCACAGCGGCGCCGCUCCAGUGCCCAACUCCAGGGCUGCCUCCCAGUCUGCGGGCUGGGUGCCCAGGGUGCCAGCUGCCGCCGGCGCUCCAGCACUGCUCCCCCCACCCGAAACCCCCGCUUCAUGGUGAAGGAGGUGCCCGCCUUACAGCCUGCCCCUGUGGGGGCCCAGUGUCUGGGGCCGCCUCUGCUGCCGGCUGGACUUGCGGGCAUGAAGGAGGGGCAGGAGGAGGAGGGCAUCCUGGCAGCGGAGGCGAUGGCCGGGCCAUCCGGCUCUACUCAGCCAGGCACCGGGAUGCCUGAGCCCCCCACGCCCCGGGGUCCUGGGCCGCUGUUGCCUGUGCCUCGGUGUCUGCGCCGGGCGUCUACCCGCCUGCUCCCUGCUGAUGUGGUGUAUGGCCACACCCUCUGGGGCCUGCACGGCCACUAUCGGCGCCUCAGCCAGCUGCGGCCCUCAGGCCAACAACCUGGCCCUGGGGCCCGAAGAGCCUCAGGCACCUCCGUGGGCCCUGUGAUCCUGGCCCGGGUAUGUCCGCUGUCCCGCAGGCGCCAGGUGGCCCUGAGGCGCAAGGCAGCAGCCGGACCCCAGGCCUGGAGCGCCCUGCUUGUGAAAGCCACCACCAAAUCGGGCCUCCAGCAUCUGGCACCCCCUCCCCCCACUCUCGGGGCCCCCUGCGGCGAGUCCGAGCGGCAGAUACGGAGCACUGUGGACUGGAGCGAGUCAGCCACGUAUGGAGAGCACAUCUGGUUUGAGACCAACGUGUCGGGGGACUUCUGCUAUGUUGGGGAGCAGUACUGUGUUGCCAAGAUGCUGCAGAAAUCGGUGCCCAGGAAAAAGUGUGCAGCCUGCAAGAUCGUGGUACACACCCCCUGCAUCGAGCAGCUGGAGAAGAUAAACUUCCGGUGUAAGCCAUCCUUCCGGGAAUCGGGCUCAAGGAACGUCCGAGAGCCCCAGGCUGUGCUGCUCCACCCCUCGCCCCAGGGACAUCUCUCUUCCCUCCAGCCAACCUUCGUACGGCACCACUGGGUGCACAGGCGACGACAGGAUGGCAAGUGCCGGCACUGCGGGAAGGGCUUCCAGCAGAAGUUCACCUUCCACAGCAAGGAGAUCGUGGCCAUCAGCUGCUCCUGGUGCAAGCAGGCGUACCACAGCAAGGUGUCGUGCUUCAUGCUGCAGCAGAUCGAGGAGCCCUGCUCCCUGGGGGUCCACGCGGCCCUGGUCAUCCCGCCCACCUGGAUCCUCCGUGCCCGGAGGCCCCAGAAUACCCUUAAGGCCAGCAAGAAGAAGAAGAGAGCGUCCUUCAAGAGGAAGUCGAGCAAGAAAGGGCCUGAGGAGAGCCGCUGGAGACCCUUCAUCAUCAGGCCCACCCCGUCCCCCCUCAUGAAGCCCCUGCUGGUGUUUGUGAACCCCAAGAGUGGAGGCAACCAGGGCGCCAAGAUCAUCCAGUCCUUCCUGUGGUACCUCAACCCCCGCCAAGUCUUUGACUUGAGCCAGGGAGGGCCCAAGGAGGCGCUGGAAAUGUACCGCAAAGUGCACAACCUGCGGAUCCUGGCAUGCGGGGGCGACGGCACGGUUGGCUGGAUCCUCUCCACCCUGGACCAGCUACGCCUGAAGCCACCGCCCCCCGUUGCCAUCCUGCCUCUGGGGACUGGCAACGACUUGGCCCGCACCCUCAACUGGGGUGGGGGCUACACCGAUGAGCCUGUGUCCAAGAUCCUGUCACACGUGGAGGAGGGCAACGUGGUACAGCUGGACCGCUGGGACCUCUGCGCCGAGCCCAACCCAGACGCGGGGCCCGAGGAGCGGGAUGAGGGUGCCACCGACCGGCUGCCCCUGGACGUCUUCAACAACUACUUCAGCCUGGGCUUUGAUGCCCACGUCACCCUGGAGUUUCACGAGUCUCGAGAGGCCAACCCAGAGAAGUUCAACAGCCGCUUCCGGAACAAGAUGUUCUACGCCGGGACAGCCUUCUCCGACUUCCUCAUGGGCAGCUCCAAGGACCUGGCCAAGCACAUCCGGGUGGUGUGUGACGGAAUGGACCUGACCCCCAAGAUUCAGGACCUCAAACCCCAGUGCAUCGUUUUCCUGAACAUCCCCAGGUACUGUGCGGGCACCAUGCCCUGGGGCCACCCUGGGGAACACCACGACUUCGAGCCCCAGAGGCAUGACGACGGCUACCUCGAGGUCAUCGGCUUCACCAUGACGUCCCUAGCAGCACUGCAGGUGGGCGGGCACGGCGAGCGCCUGACACAGUGCCGGGAGGUGCUGCUCACCACAGCCAAGGCCAUCCCGGUCCAGGUGGACGGCGAGCCCUGCAAGCUCUCUGCCUCACGCAUCCGCAUCGCACUGCGCAACCAGGCCACCAUGGUGCAGAAGGCCAAGCGGCGCAGUGCUGCGCCCCUGCACAGCGACCAGCAGCCUGUCCCCGAGCAGCUUCGGAUCCAGGUGAGCAAGGUCAGCAUGCAUGACUACGAGGCCCUGCACUACGACAAGGAGCAGCUCAAGGAGGCCUCCGUGCCACUGGGCACCGUGGUGGUCCCCGGAGACAGCGACCUAGAGCUCUGCCGUGCCCACAUCGAGAGGCUGCAGCAGGAGUCCGAUGGUGCUGGAGCCAAGUCCCCAACGUGCCAGAAACUGUCACCCAAGUGGUGUUUCCUGGAUGCCACCACUGCCAGCCGCUUCUACAGGAUCGACCGUGCGCAGGAGCACCUCAACUACGUGACCGAGAUUGCGCAGGAUGAGAUUUACAUCCUGGACCCCGAGCUGCUGGGGGCAUCAGCCCAGCCCGACCUCCCCCCCCCCCCUUCCCCCCUUCCUGCCUCCCCCUGCUCCCCCACGCCUCGGUCACUGCAAGGGGACACUGUGCCCCCUCCAGGUGAGGCCCUGAUGGAGGCUGCCCAGAGGAAUGACUUCUGUAAGCUGCAGGAGCUGCACCGAGCUGGAGGGGACCUCCUGCACCGGGACUCACGAGGUCGUACGCUCCUGCACCACGCAGUCAGCGCAGGCAGCAAGGAAGUGGUCCGCUACCUGCUGGACCACGCGCCCCCGGAGAUCCUCGAUGCGGUGGAGGAGAACCAGCCCCUCUCCCCCAGUGGGGAGACCUGUCUGCAUCAGGCGGCAGCCCUGGGCCAGCGCACCAUCUGCCACUUCAUCGUGGAAGCAGGGGCGUCGCUCAUGAAGACAGACCAGCAGGGUGACACCGCCCGGCAGCGGGCCGAGAAGGCGCAGGACACAGAGCUGGCCGCCUACCUGGAGAACCGACAGCACUACCAGAUGAUCCAACGCGAGGACCAGGAGACGGCCGUGUAGCCCCGGCCUCCGGCUACAUUCCAGUGCGGGCAGAGGAGGGGGACCCCUCCAAGGAAGGAGCGGCCUGAUGACGAGGCUGGACUCUGCGCAGCUGGGGCUGUCACCAGUCCCCUCUGAGGCCCCCGCCUGCCCCCCAGGCUUACAGGGAGCAGGAACCCGACGGGCAGGGCCACUGCAGGACAGCCUCGCCCUCAGCCCGGCAGAUGCGCCCCGGGGGCCGGGAUGGGACGGCCCAGGCAGGGCGCCGGGCUUCCGGAGGAGGCUCCGCUGGCCACCUGGUCCCCAGGGCCCGAGCCUGUGCCCUGGGAGCUCAGCCCUUCUGCUCCCACCACCCUCCCCGGCGCCUCCCGGAAAUCGCCUGCUGCGUUCGCCUGCCCGCUGCCCUGCUUGGCACUGCCCCUGGUGACCCUCCCGUGUACCCAGCGUUUUGGCGUGGACUGUGGAGCGGGGGGGGGGGGGUGUCUCGGUGAGACAUGUUUACAACUGGGUGUGACUCAGUAAAGUGGAUUUCUUUUUUC